UAAUAUCAUGUAAUCACAUUCUUCAUAUUAUCCAAGUUAAUAUCAUGUAAUCACAUUCUUCAUAUUAUUCUUCAUAUUAUCCAAGUUACUAUUACAUGCACAUAGAACACACGCUUGCAUAGAGCAUCACAUUCCUUUAGACACUGCUUUCUCUUGAUGUCCUUGAACUAUCUGUCUCUGCUUUGCUUUCUCAAAAUAUGCUUGCUUGAUGUUGAAACCGGUCUCAACCGUGUGAACUGUUCCCCCUCCCUUAGACGAUUGAGACCUAUGUAAUAGGGCACACCUAAACUUUAAUAAAAGAAGGAGAGCAGAGACUUUUUUCAGAUUGGUGAUAAUGUUCUGGGUUUAACCCUAACAUUAAAUUGGUCCUUCGAGCCGGAUUCCAACAGACCCGACGAUUCCAGCGUGGGAGAGAGAUCCAGGCAAGUCUGUGGCCACAGCGACCAAUACCCUUUCCGGGACUGGUUCCUCCCUCUCGGGCUGGGAUCCGACGGUUGACGGAGAUCCAGGAACACGGAGACGUGAGUAGAAUAUUUCACUUAAAAAAGGAAUGUGUGACGAGUGAAAUAAAAUACCGGUAUUCAAGGGGUGACGAGUUAGGUGAUAAGGUAUAAAAACCCUGCAGGUCAGACAGUUAAAUUCCGUAGGUGGGUAGACGCCCCUAGUUGAAACAGACUAGUUAAAUUCUACACAGGACGGCGGAGUCCUCUGUGCUGAAAAAUAGAAGUGUACCAAACCCUGACAAUUCUAGACUCUAUCAGGUAAAUAAAGACCAGUUAAAGUCCGCGCGAGGGCAGACUCGCCUGUUGAAAAGGACACAGUUAAAUUCUGCAAGGGCGGCGGCGUCCUCUGGCAAAAGGAAAACGCAUUAAAGGUGUGUGAACAUGUGUGUGUGAAUAUGAGUAAGAUUACCACUAGGUUUCGAACUCCAUACCAAACAGUGAGAUUGGAAGUGGUGACUUGUUGUGGAUGCAAAGGCAAGAAUUGUCCGCCCUCACCGGGGUAGAAGCUUGACAAUUACCACAAUAAGGCAUUGAUCACCACCUCACUAAGAACAUCCCCAACUAUUAGGACUCCCUAGGAGCGCUCGUCAUAGUUGGGACCAAAUUGCCAAAAUGGGAAAAGGGCAAAGUAAACAACGUAAAAAAGUAAUAGACAGUCUAGAAUGCAAAGAUUGGAUAAUGGUAGAAAAACAGGAUCCAGAUGCGUUAAAACCGUUACCGUAUUGGAUAAAACAAUAUGGUUUUAAUGGCAAACUGUCUACGGCAGGAAUAAAAGACUUACAGCAAAAAAUCAGAAACAAAACAAACUGUAAGGAAAAACAAAUGAACAAAGAAGGUAUUCAGCAUACUUUUGUAUGGAUGAAAAUAGCAGGACAGAGAGAGGCAGGUGAAAAAAGAGCAAGGCAGGCUAAAAUAGAUAAGAAGGAACAGGAGAGGCAGCAACAGGAGAGAGAUAAAAAACAAGAACAAGAAUGUAGGGAGCAAGACAAAACAACCACAUUGUUUCACAGAAAAGAAGAUGAUGAGUAUGUAGGGCCGUACAGAGAGGCAAGAGAAAUGUUAGACAGAAGGUCACCAAAAGAGGAAGGUAAUAAACCACCAGUUUAUUCGCCUCCUAGUGCAGCUAUGUUACAUCCUACUGCCCCAGAUGCGCCUUAUACUAGAUCGCAGGGCACUGUAGGUGAUUGGACAAAGAAAAUGGUAACUGGUAGAGAAAACAUGUUCUCUCCGGAAACAUCUCGUCUACCAGAAAAUACACCUCCACCGGAAGAUCUUUGUCCCCUCAUUGAAUUACCAAACCCCAGAGCAGGUCAAAAAGGUGAAGAUUUGACAAUUAGGGUUUUUAGGACCUGGACAAAAGAUGACAUCAAGAAGGCCCUUGAGGGGAUACCCUCUCCCAAAGAGGACAUAGCUGAAUGUGUGACUCAAAUGGAAAAUAUAAGACAAUCCUACCAUCUGAAUGGAACGGAAGUUCAACAGGUCUGGAUGACCCUCUUGGGACCCGACUGGUUUCAUGUGAAAGGGGGUUACACUCCAGCUGAUGACGAUGGUAGACCAUUUGCUCCACAUUCUAUGGCAUUACGCCUUCAACUAGAACCACUCAUAGAAAGAGUGAUUACCAGAUUCCGCAAAAGGGCAAACUACACUGAGAUAGGUAGAUGCAAACAGAAACCAGACGAAUCCUUUGAGGAUUAUCGUACUAGGUUAGAAAAAGUGUUCAGGGCAAACAGUGGGUUACCUUAUAAUGAUGAAGAGACGGGCCCUUACAAACAACAACUAAAAAAUGCCUUACAUGCAGGUACUAAAACUGAAAUCAGUCAGUGGGUAGCGAAGCAUUAUAUAAAUCUUCCAUCAGGUAACCUGGAAGAGUAUAUCACACAUGCAACUCACGCAGAAAAAGUUACUAAAAACAAACAAAAGAAAGAAGCACAGGAUACCUUUCACAUAGGAGAAAGUGAGGUGUACUAUCAAAAGAGUACUAACAGGGGAAGAGGAAGAGGUCAGUAUAGAGGUCGGGGAGGACGAGGAAGGAAUGGAGGACGUGGGAGAUUACCAUAUUUUGGGAGACCGAAUGUUUGUUGGACAUGCGGGAAACCUGGACAUUUCUCACGGGAAUGUACUCGUACUCACAGUACCUCCCCAAAUGAGUCAAUGUCAGCAUGACUAGAUAAGGAACAGUGCGCUCACCUUGAGGAACCGCCACCGUUUGCCUCAGAUGACGUCGACACUGUGCUAGAGCCAGACGAGAUUUUAAACCUACAGGAUAUACUCUUCUCAGAAAAAGUAAAACCGGAAGUGACCAUAAUGAUAAAUGGAACUCCAGUUAACUUCCUAUGUGAUACUGGUGCAUGUAGAACAACUAUCAACAUACCAGUACCAGGUAUGAAAAUGAGUCAAAAGGUAGCAGUCGUAAGGGCAGCCCAAGGGUCAGUAUCUCAUGUAUGUUAUACUGAACCACUCUGGCUCAGAGACCCUGAUGGGAAAUCAUGUAAAAUGCAAAUCCUGUACUUACCUGAUUGUCCCGUAAACUUAUUGGGGAGAGAUGCUCUCAUACAGCUAGGACUUACCAUAGCUCCUACUCCUGAGGGCUUGACCAUCAUCCGAAAAAGACCAGAAUCAGUGUAUGUUGUUGAAGGAGUGGGAAUACCACAUUACUACUACUCCCUUGACGUCAACAACACACCACCUACUUGUGUAGGUUCAUCCCUGGUCAACAUGGCAAAACUUGCAGUGCAUACUGUUCAAGAUGCUAUGUCACCUGAUAACUUACAUGUCACCAUGUGGUUUACUGAGAAACCGGACGUAAAAUAUCAGGAGAAACUAGAGAAAGAGACACCUGCCAGAAUAGUAAUAGAUUCACUAUACUAUGACCAAGCAGGAAACGCUGUAGCUAGCGUUAACUUACCACAGCACUUAAAAGGACUUUUCAAACAACACUUUGUUCCACAUGUGUCACUGUGCAAAAAUAAAGCAUUUCAGUGGAGAGAUAUGGGGAAAAUAGUGACUAGGGGAGUACAAACACAUGGAUGGGAACAAGUCAGUGGGAACACCUACUACAGUGAGAUAGCGGGGUUGUUCAAGAAAAAAUUACACUGGACAGUGAAUGUGGAAGGCAGGGCACAUAUGGUAGAGCAACAACAAUGACCCAUUUAUUUUACUGAAGCUGAAGAAGCACUCCUCAAUCAGGUUCCACCCAAAUUGUGGUCUCAGGGACCCACAGACGUAGGACUAGUUAAAGGAGCUCAACCAGUGGUUAUUAGGCCUAAAACAGAACAUAGACCUCGCAUUAAACAAUAUCCAUUAAAACCAGAUGCACAAGAAGGUAUAAUACCUGUCAUACAUGAUUUGAAAGCAGCAAGAGUGAUAAUAGAGUGUGCCGAUUCACCUGUAAACACGCCCAUAUUUCCUGUCAAAAAGGCACCCCCAUCCACGGGAUGGAGGAUGGUACAGGAUUUAAUAGCAGUCAACAAUGCCGUCAUACAAAGAGCACCAUGUGUAGCUGAUCCACACACUCUAUUAAACUCCUUGACGCCGGAAGCAAAAUACUUCACGGUUAUUGAUGUAAGCAAUGCGUUCUUUUCUAUACCGGUCCAUAAAGAUAGCCAAUUUUGGUUCGCGUUCACGUUUCAAGGCAAAAAAUAUACUUACACCAGACUACCUCAAGGUUACUGUGAAAGUCCUACGAUAUACUCUCAAGUGAUGAAUGCAAGUUUGUCAACUUUUAAUCCACCAAGGAAUAGUCAGAUACUCACGUAUGUAGAUGACAUACUUAUUGCAUCAAAAACGAAAGAAGAUUGUGAGGUUGACACUUUGGCAACCUUAAAACAUUUAGCAGAAGAAGGUCACAAAGUUAGCAAGGCUAAAUUGCAAUUCUGUAAAGAAAAGGUUAAAUACUUAGGUCACCAAUUAAGUGCAGGUGGAAGAACUAUUCUAGAAGAUAGGAAAACAGCUAUCCUGCGAGCACCCAAACCCCAAACAAAAAAACAAAUGAUGUCCUUUCUAGGACUUACAAAUUAUUGCAGGAUGUGGGUACCUAAUUAUUCUGAAAUAUCAGCUCCAUUGCAGGCCUUAAUGUAUACUGAAGAUAUAAAAAUGACAGAUAAUCUUAAAUGGACUCCUGAGGCAGAAAAGGCCUUUUGUGAUCUCAAACAAGCAUUGGUUAGCACCUCUACGCUAGCUCUACCUGACUAUAAUAAAACCUUUUACCAGAUGGUCGAUUGUAAAGGACAUUUUAUGACAUCCGUCCUAACUCAAAUGCAUGGUAGUAAGUUACGUCCUGUGGCAUACUAUUCAACUAAAUUAGAUGCUGUCGCUCGCGCAAUGCCCCACUGCGUUAGAGCGGUGAUUGCUGCAUCUUUGGCUGUUACAUCAAGUGCGGAUGUGGUCCUUUUUCAUCCUUUGGUGUUAAAGGUUCCUCAUGCUGUCUCCGCUUUGCUAUUACAAACCAAAAUGACCUUCUUGUCAUCUGCAAGACAUUUGUCGUGCAUGUCCAUUCUGUUGUCUCAACCACACUUGACAAUAGAACGGUGUACAGCCUUGAAUCCAGCAACGCUUAUACCUACUAGUGAGGAUGGCAGUCCUCAUGACUGUCAAGCCUUGGCUGAACAAGCUGCUAAGAGUAGGCCAGACUUACAGGAUACACCCUUACCUGAAGGCCAUACUCUGUUUGUAGACGGUUCAUCACGAAAGGAUGAUCAGGGAAAAACAAGAACUGGUUAUGCUGUAGUUACAUAUGAUCAAAUUUUAAAAGCUGGUGCUUUAUCCCAACAUUACUCUGCACAAGCAGCUGAAAUUAUUGCGCUUACUGAAGCCUGUAAACUGAUGACGGGUCAAAAUGUUACCAUCUAUACAGAUAGUCAAUAUGCGUUUGCAACUACACACACAUUUGCUCAAUAUUGGAACAAUAGAGGUAUGGUAACUUCCGUUGGUAAACCUGUUACUCACGCGCGUUUACUGAUUGAUCUACUGCAAGCUAUCAAACUGCCCGCUAAGUUAGCCAUUUGCAAAUGCGCAGCGCAUACCUCUGGUACUGAUGCUGUGUCAAAAGGCAAUGCCUUUGCUGACAAAAUUGCUAAGCAAGCUGCUGCUGGCGCUGUUCGUGUUCUCCUUACUUCUGAGGAUUCCCCUUCUACUCUAGACAGGGCCAUUUUACGUGACAUGCAACAACAAUCUUCCAAACAAGAACUUGAUAUGUGGCUCAGGAGAGGAGCACACCUAGAUGAUGGUAUAUAUUUCUGACAAGUAAACAAACCCAUUCUACCGAAAAAUUUGUACAAAUGGGCUGCAUUGUUGAGUCAUGGGAAAUCGCAUGUCUCAACAGGAGGCAUGGUGAGCCUAAUAUCAGCUGUCUACACUACAUAUGGGUUUCAUUCCUAUUCAAAAAAAUUUUGUAGAGCAUGUUUAGUGUGUGCUAAAUAUAACGCACAAGGUAAUUUACGUCCACAAAGAGGUCAGUUUCCUAAACCAAGCUAUCCAUUUCAACAUAUACACAUGGAUUUUAUCGAAUUAAAUCAAAGCGAAGGUAAAAAAUUCUGUUUGGUUAUAAUAGACUCAUUUUCUAAAUGGAUAGAACUAUUUCCAACAAAACAUCCAGAUGCACUUACAGUAGCAAAAGCAUUGUGUAAAGACAUUAUACCAAGAUAUGGUAUUCCAGAAAAAAUAUAUAGCGAUAAUGGCUCACAUUUUGUAAACCAGAUUAUAGAUAACAUAGGCAGAGCAUUUCAUAUUGAUUUAAAACGACAUUGUGGUUAUCACCCACAGAGUGCAGGACUAGUAGAAAGAAUGAAUGGAACAAUAAAAAAUAGAUGAAAGAAAUGCAUGGAAGAAACAGGCAGACAAUGGACUCAGUGCCUAGACUUGGUCAAACUACACAUUAACAUAACUAGUACCAACGGGUUAACACCUUAUGAAAUUAUGUUUGGGCGACCAUACCGAUUACCAUACUUUAAAAAUGAAUGGGAAUCGAAUGAAGAUAGCAACCUAGCAGAUUAUAUGAGAAAAAUGUUGCAAAAUAUCAACAAAUUAGACAAACAAAAUAAUGAUGAGCAAACAUCAUCCGUUUCUCCACAGGAGGACCAACGGGUAGAACCAGGAGAUUGGGUACUGAUUAAAAGCAUCAAGAAGAAGCAUUGGUACUCACCAAAGUGGGAAGGCCCUUAUCAAGUAUUAUUGACCACACCAACUGCAUUAAAAAUAGCAGAACGUAAUACGUGGAUUCAUUUAACUCAUUGUAAAAAGAUUCUGAAAUAUGACUAAAUUAACUGCUUCUAUCGUGAUUUUCAGUGUAGGAGUUCUUAUGUGCGUCAUUACCAUAGCAUUGUGGUACUUACUGUAAUAAAAAAAAAAAAAAAAAAAAGAGAUUAAAUAAAUAAAUAAAUAAAUAAAUAAAAAGGGCUUGUUAAAUAAAUAAAUAAAUAAAAAGGGCUUGUUGGGAGGGUUUCUUUGGGUUCCUACCGUCCUGCAAGGUAAAGUCCGACUACAAAGGGGGCUGCACUUUUAGUGUGUAGUCGUCUCAAACCCGGUGAAGAUUGUCCACAGCCUUGUAGGACUUUAGAGGGAGCCGGGGAAUACCCGUCAACAUGGCCUACGUUAAAAUAGGCAUAGCAUUAUUGGUUACAGUGGCUAUUGGAAUGAUCAUUACAGGCACAGGCUUACUCCUUCAUGACCAGAUGCAACAACCGGACAGGCGACGUUUUUCUGACCUAAACAUAAAACAAAACAUCACGGAUCCUGCUUGUGGCCAACACCAACAUUUUAGUCUGCUCAGAGUAUGUAUUCCACAAAAUAAAACUACCGUCAUCACUCUAACAGUUAAGCACUUACGUCACAGGGGAGUAUAUGCUAAGCCAGAUGGGAGUCCUUGGUACAUGAUUAAUGAUAGAAAAGGGGGUUGGGAAACACUAGUGGCAGAUCCUCAAGGUUACGACUGGUCGUCAUAUACUAAAACUAGUUACGCUAAACAUCAAAGGCCAUUAAUGUCACUUGUUGAGAAAAACCAAGGUAAAACUUUAGUUUUGACUGUAGAUUUGACAUCAGGACAGCUCCUAAGCCCAAUUCCAACCAAAGAUACUUCAUGUGUGUGGUUGGGAUGCACCUGUUGGGAAUUCUUGUUAUGCCAAUGGAGGACAGGCUAUGAUACGUGUUACCCAAUUCAGUUAUGCCAGACUUACUCAGCAAAACUACAAAGACCAGAAUUAACCAGGGCAUCAAUUAGAGCAGGUGUUAAAGUAGCUGUACUUCAAACCACUGAUGAUUGGUUCCAAGUAUUUACUGGUAUUUCUGGCCAAAACAACAACUGGUUACUCAUGGCAGAGCAAGCAGCAAACACCACCAACCAGGACUGUGUGGUUUGCAUGGGACCAAGACCGCUGCUGCAGAUAGUUCCUUCUGUUUUGAAUAAAAGUUGCCUUUUACAGGUCAUGAUGAAGACCAACCCCACAGAAAACUGUGCUAUUUUCGAUAAGGUUUUCCCCCUUACAGGUCCAGAGAAGAAGAAACCACUGUUUUCAAAUAAAGUUGCGAUGGGAAAUUUCACAUGUAUUCACAGGACUGGGACUGGCAACACAUUGGGUUCAUUGAAUGCUUCCUUAUGUGUGGAAACUGAGACCGUCGACGUACAUUUUUCUCCCUUAUCACGUAGCGACAUAUGGUGGUGGUGUGGUGGUAACGCCAUAUAUGACAAAUUACCUUUCAAUACUACAGGAUAUUGUGCUACCGUUACCUUAAUUCUGCCUGUACACAUAUUCCAGAUCACAGCGGUUGAGCUACUACAUACAUUUGACACCAUACUCCCACAUUUAUGGACUAGGACUAAAAGAGGCUUGGGAUGGAGUGAUAAUGAUCCAACUUAUAUUGAUGCUAUAGGUAUUCCACGAGGUGUUCCUGAUGAUUAUAAACUGGUUAAUCAAAUAGCAGCUGGGUGGGAAUCUAUUGUACCUUGGAUAACAAUAAAUAAAAAUGUAGAUAGGAUCAACUACAUCCACUACAAUGUGCAGAAGCUAGGAAAUUAUACUCAAGAUGGUUUUCAAGCAAUUCAUGAGCAAUUGUCAGCUACAUCCUUGAUGGCUUUCCAGAACCGCAUUGCUCUUGACAUGUUACUGGCGGAGAAAGGACAUGUCUGCGCCCUUUUUGGUGAGAAGUGUUGCACGUUCAUUCCGAACAAUACAGCAGCAGAUGGCAGCCUCACCAGGGCCUUGGAUGGACUUCAGUCCCUGAAUAAGAAGAUGAAAGAGCAUUCAGGUGUUGAUACCUCUAUGUGGUCUGGGUUCGCUGAUUUCUUCAGUAAGUGGAAGCCUCUUUUAAUGACAAUUGCAUUGGCAGUGACAGUUUUUGUCAGCAUUCUGACAGUGUGUGGAUGUAUUUGUAUCCCCAUUUUUCGCAGGAUUUGCACCCAGGUAAUAUCCUCUGCUAUUUCACCCAUUCAGUUACAUGUUCAAGAGCUUUACACUCUUAUUCCACAACAUGACGACGACGAAGAUGGUGUAAACAUUAAUAAAGAUAGUGUUGACCAUGACGAUGAAACAUCUUUUAACAUUACUGAUCUUUUUCCAGAUCCAGGUGACUAUGAGUAACAUUUCUCCUCUAGGUGUAACUUUUUCUCAUAUGUUUUUGACUUUAUGAUCGAAAAUCCUCGUGAAGUGAUCAAUAAAUGAUGUUCUACAAUGAGUAAAUUGGAUAAACAGGGGGGAAAUGUUGGAAUAAAACUGUAUAUAUCAUGUACUCACAUUUAAUAAGCUUGCUUCAUAUUAUCCAAGUUAAUAUCAUGUAAUCACAUUCUUCAUAUUAUUCUUCAUAUUAUCCAAGUUACUGUUACAUGCACAUAUUAUUCUUCAUAUUAUCCAAGUUACUGUUACAUGCACAUAUUAUUCUUCAUAUUAUCCAAGUUACUGUAACAUGCACAUAUUAUUCUUCAUAUUAUCCAAGUUACUAUUACAUGCACAUAGAACACACGCUUGCAUAGAGCAUCACAUUCCUUUAGACACUGCUUUCUCUUGACAUUCCUUUAGACACUGCUUUCUCUUGAUGUCCUUGAACUAUCUGUCUCUGCUUUGCUUUCUCAAAAUAUGCUUGCUUGAUGUUGAAACCAGUCUCAACCGUGUGAACUGUUCCCCCUCCCUUAGACGAUUGAGACCUAUGUAAUAGGGCACACCUAAACUUUAAUAAAAGAAGGAGAGCAGGGACUGUUUUUCAGAGUAGGUUGGAUGAAUGUUACUGAACAGUCUCUGAUCACUCUCCUUGCAAGCCUAUA